AUGAGGACGCGGACACUGCUGCUGACGGGUGCCGUUGCGGUGACAGCCGCCCUGGGCCAUGCGCGACAGCAGGUGCUGCCCCAGGAGCACAACAAGGGCGCUGCCUGGCCGAGCACGAUCAAGUUUGCCGUCGACUACUACCCCUCACAAUGGCCCGAGUCGAUGUGGGAGGGCGACGCGCAGCGCAUGGCCAAUGCCUCGAUCUCGCAUGUACGCAUCUCCGAAUUUGACUGGGCGCUGCUCGAGCCGCGCGACGGACACUACGACUGGAGCCUGCUCGACAAGAGCAUCGAUGUGCUGGGUGCCCACGGCCUUAAAGUCAUUCUGGCCACGCCCACGGCCGCGCCGCCGAUCUGGGUCGUCCGGGACUAUGACAUCCUCGCCACUGACGACCACCUCCGCCAGCGGCGCUUUGGCUCGCGUAGGCACUACUCCUUCUCGUCGCCCGACUUCCGGAAACUGAGCAAGCGCUUCGUCGAUGCCAUGGCCCAGCGCUACGGCCAGCACGACGCCGUCGCCCUCUGGCACCUCGACAACGAGUUUGGGAACCACGAGGACACGCGGUCGUACGAUGUGCAUGCGCGCAACGCCUUCCGCCGCUGGCUGAAGCACCGCUACGGCGGCAGCAUCGCGGCGCUCAACGCCGCGCAGGGCCGCGUGUUUUGGAGCAGCCAGUACGACAGCUUCGACGACAUUGAGCUGCCCACGCUGGAGCAGACUGAGUCGAGCCCGGCCCUCCGCCUCGACUUCUACCAUUUCUCUUCGGACCAGCUCAUCGACUAUGCAGUCAUGCAGGCCGAGACGAUCCGCAAGCACUCGGACAAGCCCAUCACGACGAACCUGAUGCCGUUUGAGUUCUCCUUUGACCACCACGAGCUCGCUCGGCGCGCCCGGCUCGAUGUCGCCACCUGGGACUCGUACCCGCUUGGUAACUGCGAGGUGCUCGACUGGGUCACCGACGCCGACAAGAUCCGCUACGCUCGGACGGGUCGGCCAGAUGCGCAGGCACUCCAGCACGCCCUCUACCGGGGAGUAGCGGGAGCCGCACACAACAAGGCCCGCGGCCCCUGGGGCGUCAUGGAGCAGCAGCCGGGGCCCGUCAACUGGGCGACAAACAACCCGUCGCCGGCGCCAGGCAUGGUCCGCCUCUGGCUGCACGACAUGCUCUCCCAGGGCAGCAGCCUCAACAACAUCUUUCGCUGGCGCCAGGUGCCGUUUGGCCAGGAGCAGAUGCAUGCCGGCAUGUUUCGCCCCGACAACUCGCCCGAUGCUGCCUUUGUCGAGCAGCAGGCGGCCGUCGACGAUGUUGCUGUGCUACGUGACGCUGGGCUUCUGGACGAAGAUCUCCACUGGACAGCGGCCGGCAACGAGACGCGGCGGCCAAAGGUGGCCAUCGUCAUGGACUACCCGUCCGUGUGGGCGCUCGAGGCCAACCCGCAGGGCGGUGACUUUGACAUUUCCAAGUUCAAGGACUAUGGCUUCCAGUACGCUGAGCUCCUCUCCGAGUGGCACGCCGCCUUCCGCCGCCUGGCUGUUGAUGUUGAUGUUAUUGGACCCGCGACGUCGGACGAGGAGCUGGCGAGGUACCGGCUCCUGGUCGUGCCCACAAUGGUCAAGCUCUCCAAGGACUUUGAGGCGCGCCUGGACCGCUUUCCGGGCGACGUCGUCGUCGGGCCCCGAUUCGCUUCCAAGGUCGACACGCUCUCGGUCCCGCUCGAUCUGCCGCCCUCCUCUACGCCCAGCGGCGCCAAGGAGCAGCCGUCGUUCGCGGAUCGCCUGCCCAUGCGUGUGACCCGAGUCGAGUCGAUUCGCAAGGACCUCGAUGACGAGUUUGUCGUCUUUGACGGCAAGGACUACCCCAUUCGGACGUGGGUCGAGUGGCUCGAGUGCGCCCGCGAUGGCCACGAGGCUGUCAACGACGCCGAGGGAGCAGACGCCCUCUCGAUGACGCUCGGCGGCCACCACCGCAAGGGCGCCUCUGUGCUGUGCCAGCACCGCCGCCCUCCAACGCAGCUGACGACCUACAUUGGCUUCUACGCCACCGCCGACGUGCUGUUGCCCUUUUUUGCCAAGACGCUGGCCCAACUCGGCGUGCGCAAUGCGCUGGACCAGCUGCCCGAUGCGUCGCACGACCUGGGCGCCCACCUGCGCCUGGCCAGGCACGGCGAGCGCGCCCUCUUUGCGUUCAACUACGACGACCGCGCCGCGGUGGACCUGGGCCAGUGGCCCCACUUGCGAGACGGCCUCUUCUCGUCGGAGGCGAGGGCAAAGCUCGUCGUGGGCCAGCAGGACACGCCAGAGACGAUUGCGCCGACCGAUGUCCAGAUCUGGGAUCUCGGUGCAUAA